AUGGUCGAUCUAUCGAUUUCAGGCCAAAUAAGCCAGACAGUGCUUCCUGCAACGCCGCACAGCCUUUUGUGGAAGGGCGACGAUGGCCCCAGGGCACUAAGUCCAGAUCACACACUAUACGGAAACCAAGACGAUUUCCUCCAGGUCCUUACUGUCUCAAGCCCUGCGAUGUCUUUGUCAUACGUACAUAGCGACCGUGCGAAUCUUGAUGAGAUCUCGUCGUAUUCGGUGAACAGCAAGUCAACUACGACUGCACCUCUACUUGUACCUGUUGCCUCGUCAACCGCCUCCGCAUCAACACCAAGCACCAUCGAAGAUGAGACAAGGCUACUAUACGCAUGUCCAGACUGCCCCAAGAUCCUCCGUACACCGGGUCUACUGAGAAACCACUACAACCGUACACACAACCUCCGCUACACAUGCAACCUAUGCAACGGCAUCUCCUUCGGUCUAGCAGCAGACCUAAAGCGUCAUAAGAAACAUGUGCAUCAGCAAGGCAUCGACGGUGACGAGAUAUACCGAUGUACUAUCCCAGGCUGCUCCACGCCUACCAAGAUCUUCAGACGGAAAGACAACUUCAACAGACACAUCAAGCGGUGUCGUAAACGGAUUGGAAAGGGAAAAGGCAAAGAGCGUGCAGAACCCGAAGUCAAGGAAGAACAAGGUCCGUGGGAAGCGCAUGUGAAGAGUAGGAAUAUGGGUAUUUAA